AGCCUACCCACAGGGAUUCCCUCUCCAGCCAAUCGCGUCUGAGCAACGGGACUGCCCCUAACAAAGAUGGCGGGGGAGGCCUCCGUGGGGGCAGGCUGAUUUAACACCCAAACCCACGGCGGCUAGGGAAGACAGUGGUAGCGGCGCGGCCCGACCAUGGAGGAGGGCGGCAGCGGUGGCAGCGGUGGCAGCGACAGCAGCACCAGCGGGAGUGGUGGGGCGCAGCAAAGGGAGCUGGAGCGCAUGGCUGAGGUCCUGGUCACCGGGGAGCAGCUACGGCUCAGGCUGCAUGAAGAAAAGGUUAUUAAAGAUAGGCGACAUCAUCUCAAAACCUACCCAAACUGCUUUGUCGCAAAAGAGCUGAUUGACUGGCUGAUUGAGCACAAAGAGGCUUCCGACAGAGAGACAGCAAUCAAACUUAUGCAGAAGUUAGCAGACCGGGGCAUCAUUCAUCACGUGUGCGACGAGCAUAAGGAGUUCAAGGACGUCAAACUCUUCUAUCGCUUUAGAAAAGAUGACGGCACCUUCCCGCUGGACAAUGAAGUGAAGGCCUUCAUGAGGGGACAGAGGCUGUAUGAGAAGCUGAUGAGCCCUGAAAACACACUGCUGCAACCCAGGGAAGAGGAAGGGGUCAAGUAUGAGCGCACCUUCAUGGCGUCUGAGUUCCUGGACUGGCUGGUCCAGGAAGGUGAGGCCACCUCGCGGAAAGAGGCAGAGCAGCUUUGCCACCGGCUUAUGGAGCACGGCAUCAUACAGCAUGUGUCCAACAAGCACCCGUUCGUGGACAGCAACCUUCUCUACCAGUUCAGAAUGAACUUCCGGCGGAGGCGCAGACUGAUGGAACUGCUCAAUGAAAAAUCGCCCUCCUCUCAGGAAACUCACGACAGCCCCUUCUGCCUGAGGAAGCAGAGCCAUGACAAUCGGAAAUCUACCAGUUUUAUGUCCGUCAGCCCCAGCAAGGAGAUCAAGAUCGUGUCGGCCGUGCGGAGGAGCAGCAUGAGCAGCUGCGGCAGCAGUGGCUAUUUCAGCAGCAGCCCCACGCUCAGCAGCAGCCCCCCGGUGCUCUGCAACCCCAAGUCCGUGUUGAAGAGACCUGUAACUUCUGAGGAACUCCUGACUCCCGGGGCUCCGUACGCAAGGAAGACAUUCACGAUUGUCGGUGACGCCGUUGGUUGGGGCUUUGUGGUGCGAGGAAGUAAGCCGUGCCACAUCCAGGCCGUGGACCCCAGUGGCCCGGCAGCAGCGGCGGGAAUGAAGGUCUGUCAGUUUGUUGUUUCUGUAAAUGGGCUCAAUGUGCUGCAUGUCGACUACCGGACCGUGAGCAAUCUGAUUCUGACGGGCCCUCGGACGAUCGUCAUGGAAGUCAUGGAGGAGUUAGAGUGCUGAGCAGGUGGACAUCCUGGCCCUUCAGUGGCCUGAGGAUGACCAAAGCCAGGACAACACAAAGCAAUGCAAUGACAAGACUUCCAUACACAUGGAUGGUUUUGGACACACAAAUCUUUUCUCCAUACAUACACAUCUUGAUUUGAGUUUCAUACACUGUUUGAAUGUGGAAGAACCGGGUAGAUCAUCUUUUUAAAAAAAAAACAAUUUAUGUUCAGUGUAGAAAAAAAUUGAGAAAUGGAAUUUCCUGACAUAGUAGAAUUGCCUUACUCGAUUUCUAUUUGUAGUUCUCAGCCAUUGUUUUUUAUCUUAGUUCGCAGAAAGUUGUCGAAAUGCUUCUCUGGCCAAAACAGCAACAUGCUAAAAUCCCCUCAUGGGAGUCAAUAGAAGAGUUGUUACAAAUUUUAAAUUGUUCUCUUACCAGAAUGAACAUGGAACUGUUUAUGAAAGGAUCUGUAUUUCACAAAGCUUCAAAUUAAAGCAGUAUCCAAAGGAAUAGUACCUGUUAACUAGCAUGUUGAAGAAGGUUCUAAAGCAUUCAAGUGCUUAAAAGCCAUUUAGAAAUGACUUUUUCUUAAUGCCUGCCUUUAGUAUCAACUUCUAACAUAUGUUUUCGGUUAUGAUAUUCGUUAGAAAACAAAAAAACUUGUGAUGAAUAUAGAUGGGAUAAGUAGGGAAAUACUACUUAUGAUUAUUUGCUCUGAUUUCUCUUCCUGAGCCUAAAUAAUUUUGUCUUAUCAAUCAGCUACAGAAGCUUUCUAGAAUAAAUCCAGAGUAUGUUGAAUGUCAAAACAGAGGAAUUUGUGUAUACACAUAUCAAGCCUCUGGCAAGAUUUCACUUUGAAGUUGUCCCUUUUUAAGUGAAGUAAUCUAGAGCUUGGCCCAUAUGUGAUAAAACUUGAAAUUAAAUUGCCUUGUUGGCCUGAAUUUUUACUAGCUUUCUAGUGUAACAUAUUCUAAGGAAUGACAUGUCCUGCUUAUUUGGCGGGAUUAUUUUUCACCAAAACAUCGUCCUGUGUUGUCAUUUUUCAGCUCACUGUAUAUAUGCAUGUUCCUUUUUUUUGGCUUAGAAAGAAUGCAUUUGGGGGCUUGGUGUAUAGAGGAAAUUCCUCAAAGUGCCAAAUUAGGUAGUCAGGGAAGGCCAGAUUCUUUAUUCCAUAUAAUGCAUUCUGAACAACCAGGUUACUUUCUUAUCACGUAUUAACAAAUGAAAUAUGAAUGUUGUACCUCAGCCAUUCUCUUUGUGAUAGGUUAUCGUAAUGUAUUGGUACUGGUGAAAUGGACAUACCGUGCUAAAGAUGUUACAUAUAUAUGUUUCUAGUAAUCCAACUUUUCUGAUCUUAGCUUUAGUCAGAGAAUAGGAUUUUGAAGUAAUAUAGAAUGUCUAACAUUAGAACCGUGGAUCUAUAUUUGGGAACUAGUAGCAGUCUGUGUGUAUGUGUGUUUAUACUGUAUGCCAGGCUUUGUGCUGCGGCACUUAACAUAUGUGAUCUCUUUGAAUAUUCAUCAAAACCCUCCAAGGACACCUGGGUGGCUCAGUUGGUGAAGCAUCUGCCUGUGGCUCAGGUUAUGAUCCCAGGGUCCUGGGAUCCAGCUGCAUCUGGCUUCUUGCUCAGUGGAGGACCCUGCUUCUCCCUCUCGCUCUGCCCUCCCUCAUGUUUGUGCGCAUACUCUCUCUCUCAAAUAAAUAAAUAAAAUCUUAAAAAAAAAAACCCUCCAAGAAGGGUAUUAUCAUCCUCAUUUCUCAGAUGUGGAAACUAAGUCUGAGCAAACUUCAACAUCCAUGUUCACACAGCUGCAAGAUCUGCUAGGAUUCAAACAUGGGUUUGUUUAAUGCUAGAGCCCAUGUUACCACCCCUCCCCCAGCCUUUCCCCAUUUAGGGACCUACUGUUGUGGACUUAUUUUGUACCCAGUGCUGUGCUAAAACUAUACAUCACUUAUUCCUACUGACCUGUGAGGUCAAUAUCGCUAUUAUCUCCAUCUUACAGCAGAGGAAGCUGAUUCAUAAAGAGGUUAGUCAUGUGCCUGAGGCCACACAACUAGUGAGAGGGAGACCUUAUGAUUCAGCUCGAAAAGUUUUUAUGACAUCUUUAAAAGACGAGUCUUAAAGGCUGCCUGUGCUCAGGUGUUCAUUAAGUGACAAAAGAAGGAGGACCAGCUUUGACGAUGGCAUCUUCUUGCUGGCCCUCUGUACUUUGUACUCAUGUCCCAGUGCCCAUCAUCUUGGGCCCUGGCAUAAUAUCACUUCCCUUUAUCAAUGUAAGCUCCAGAGAAGCAUCUGUCUUUCUUUACUCCAUUCAGCCUCCUGCCUGUGGAAUUUCUUUGAUUCAGAGAAUGUUAUUGAUAUCUUUGGUCAAAUGGAUACUAAGGGAAGAAAAGGAAAGAAAGAAGGAAAGCAAGGAGGGAGGAACUAUUUCUUCUUUUGGCUCUCAGCACCCUCAGUUUAAAGGCCAAAUGCUUGAGAAUUCUACUUAAGGUCAAGAGAGCUUUGCCUUAGCUACUCCUCAGCAACUGCCCCCCAACAUCCUUACAUGGUAAUUAAAGUGAGUGCUCCCCUUCCCAUCUGGCACUAUUUAGCUCCCUCUAACUUUUCCACAUACAGCUUCUCCUCUCUGGAAUACGAUUUCUCCUUCUUUGCCUAGAGAAAUCUGUCCAAUUAAUUCCCCUUAGAUAUAGUCUUCUCUGAGAAACUUUGCCAGCUCCCUCGUUCUGGGCUUGACCCCUCUUCUCUAAAUUCCCAUGGGUCCUUACGAAUCAACCCCCUAUGAUUACAGCACAGGUGAUAAUUACUUUGGGGUUGUCCCUCACAUGUCUGUCUCCCUAACUACACUCUGAGCAUCGGCAGAAUGGGACUGUGUCCUGUCACCCAGGUGUUCCCUUCACCUGGCACCAUUUGUGACACAGUAGUGUAUCAGCUAUCCAUGCCUGCCUAGCACACCACUCCAAACAUGGCUCCUCACAUUCUAUGUGCUCAUGAUCCUGUACGUUGGCAGUUUGGGCAGAGCUCUGCUGGCAUGGCCAGCCACUGGUCCAGGUGGUACUGGGUGGGUUCCCAUGAACAUUUGUGGUCUAGGAGGGCUCUGUGCCUGUGUCUCACAGAUGGCCGGCGCUGUUGGCUGAGGUGCCUCCAUUCCACCCCCUGUGGCCUUUCCCCAGAGCUCCCAGGAUUCCUCAUUAGGCCUUAUAAGAUGAAAGAAGGUAAGAGUGGAAACUGCAAGGACUUUUUGUGUACUUGCCUGGAGAGUCACCCAGUGAUACUUCCGUAGCGUGUUGUCGGUCCAAGCAAGUCACUAAACUAGCUCAGAAUCAAGAGGUGGGGAAGGGACUCUACCUUUGAUAGGAGGAGCUGCGAAGAAUGUGUGGCUACUGUUAACCCACCAAGAGUAGGUACUCACCAUUCAUGGGAUAAAGGACCAAGGAAUUACCUAGUUAUUGAAAGGCUCAGCUUUCCAGAUGCAAAUUACUGACCACACACUGGGUAGAAGUUUGAUAUUAAGUUGUGCCUAAAGCCCAGUGCCUAAAGAAAACUUCAAAAUUGGAAAACACGAAACUAAUGGAGCCACGGAGAGCAGUUUCAUGUCCUCAUUUUCCUGAUGAGCACACUGCGGUGUGGAAUGUUCGGGUGGCUCACCCCCGCUCGUGAGGCUUGCUAGGGCGAGAGCCCGGGUUAGACGCCAGUCUUCUGCUUUCUAAUCAUAUGUCCUUUACAAGAUAGCUUUCUGUAGUGGACUCAAAUGUGGUGAAGAUAGGCCUUUAGCUCUGGGGUGUUCAUAAAACCAAGUAGUGCUGUCUGCCUGUGAAGGUGAAGGGAUACAUUUUAAUGGACUCAGGCCGUGGAUUGUGAAAUUAUAUCAUUAAAAAAUAAGUAUUUUGUGUGAUAUUUUAAGAGGUGAAUUGCUUUAAAAUUUAGGAACUCCAUUUCUAAAUGUAACAUCAAGAAUUAUUCUAAAUUAACAGUAAGCAAUAUUCCUAAGAGCUUUUCUUUCGUGUGUGUGUGUGUGUGUGUGUGUGUGGUUUCACUAACUUAGAAACCCUGAAAUGGCUUUGUUCCCAGAGAAAAUACUUUUGAUUUUUCAAGUGUUUCUGUCGUGUGUCAGUUUCUGUGGUGGAGGUGGAAAUCUUCUUUGGUUUCUUUAUUAGUGUAAAAUGUGCUGUCAGUGAAAUUUGAAAGCCAUGUUUGUUAUUGCUGUUGUAGAGAGAAAAAUGCAGUUGCCUUUUGGGUUGGUCCUACUUGUUUGAUGUUUUACUAUUAAUCUCUGAUAAAUAGUUGCAUAAAUCGGUAAGGGGAUUAAAUGUGAACUGUUGGGUAACAGGAAGAAGAUAUCCAUGUUUGAAUAGAUUAGAUGCAGUCACCUUCAUGCUAUCUUAUAAAAGGUGAGCGCAUUGGCGUGGUAGCAAUUAACAAUUAACAAUUUAAAACUCAUUGCUUUCCGUUCAAAAUGGGAGUGUCACAUUUCCAAAUACUCUUCAGGUAUUUGUGACAAUAGUCAACUUUCAAGACCUAUUUUAAACUGAAAUUAACUACUCUCUCCUGUUGAGUAUUAAUCCUGUUUCAGUUUCAGCAGAAUAACUCUGGAUGGAACAUUUGAGUCUUGCCAAAUGGUUAGAAUCCGUUGAUAUCACUGAGCAUUGUUUUACUCAUUGAAGGCACAAUUUCAGGUGUCAUAUGCUUUUCCUCAGUUCAACACCAAAAGGACAAAUCUGCAGCAUACCAAAAUGAAGUUCAUCAUCAAAGUUAGCAUAGGAUAUUAUCAAAUGCAUUAAUAUAUGUACUUAAUAUAUAUGUUUAUUUUUAAAUUAGGUUGAAAUUUAUGUUUUCCCUUUUAAGAACUGUAGCAUAAUACUUAAAAUUAUAAUAUGAAAACAGAUUGUAUAGUAGGAAAUGUUAAAUUUUUAAAACGGUCACUUUGGGUUUACAGCUUUUCCUGUCUUUUAGGACAAAUUAGCUGUUUUUUAUCCUAAGAAAGGGUUGCAUUAUAAAGUUGCUCUACUACUAACCUAUCAGAGAAAACACGUGGGACUCAUAUGUAAUUCUCUAAUGUAGCCAGAAGUGCCAUUUGUAACACUACUUAAUGAUGGAUGUUUUCUGACGCUCUUUUGCCUGGAAAAAAAAAGUGCAUUAAAAAGCUUUUUCUGUACUGUA